CAGAGCUUCAGCAAGACACAGAACAGGAACGAUUCUACCAAGAGAAAACGACCGUUCACUGAAUCAGGAUGUCUAAGCUUGCACUUUUCAUUUUCUGCAUUUCAACACAGAUUUGCUCCCAGAUCUUGGCGCAGGUGUGUCCGACAAGGUGCCUCUGCCCGCAGGAGCCUCCGAUGUGCGCCCCCGGGGUCCAGUUGAUUCUGGAUGACUGUGCAUGCUGUCUGGUCUGUGCGAGGCAGAAAGGAGAGGUGUGCUCGGAAAUAAAUCCCUGUGAUACACACAAGGGUCUGAACUGCGACUACACAGCCGAUGUAUACCAGAGGACAGGUGUCUGUGUCGCUCACGAGGGAGACAUCUGCCUGUUGGACGGUUCAGUGUACCAGAACAGGGAGACCUUCUUCCCCAGCUGCAAGUACCAGUGCACAUGCAGGGACAGCCAGAUCGCCUGCGUGCCCCGCUGCAACCUGGACGUGAUGCUGCCGGGCCCCGACUGCCCUCUGCCCAGGAAGGUGGCGGUCCCAGGGGAGUGCUGUGAGAAGUGGGUGUGUGAGCCCCAACCGGAGGCCAGUGCCCUGGGCAGCUUCGCCAUGGCUGCCUACAGACAGGAGGAGACAGUGGGGUUUGACUCGUGGGACCCCAGUACUAACUGCAUAGAGCAGACUACGGAGUGGGGCGCCUGCUCUCGGACCUGUGGCAUGGGCAUCUCCACCCGGGUCACCAACAAGAACACCCACUGUGAGAUGGUCAAGCAGACGCGGCUGUGCAUCGUCAGGCCCUGUAGCAAACAGCACCAGCAGCUUCAGCAGAAUGACGUUCCCAAGAGAGGAAGCAAGUGCCUGCGGAUGAAGAAGGCGGUGAAACCCGUCCAGUUCAGCUAUAAGAACUGCACCAGCGUCCAGACCUACAAGCCCCGGUACUGUGGCGUGUGUGUGGACGGCCGCUGCUGCACCCCCCACAGCACCAGGACAGUGCAGGUGGAGUUCCGGUGCGCUCAGGGUAAAGCCGUCAAGAAACCCAUGAUGUUCAUCAACACCUGCGCCUGCCACUACCACUGUCCCAGAGACAACGCUGAGUAUCAGCCAUCAGACCUGGUCUACAGCGGCUACAGGUUGUAACACUGUACCGCAGAUACUCACGACUGAAGUUUCUCCUGUUCAUCUGUGACGGUAGUAUUGUGCUGUGCUGUAGUAAGAUGACUCUAUAUCGCCAUCUGGUGGUUGGUCUCAGAGGGAGAAUCUCAAUCGCAUACUUGUCGCCUCCUCUCGCCUCCUUCUCAAAACCCAUUGGAUGAAAAAGCCAGAUGUCCCGCCCCUCUGACAUUCUCUUCCAAUGGGUUUUGAGAAGGAGGCGAGGAGAGAGAGGACGCGAGGAGUAUGCAAUUGAGAUCUUCACAGUCAGCCCUUAGCUAACUUUACAGAAUAGAUGAGCUUUCUGCAUAAUAAUAUGCCAUUUAGCAGACGCUUUAUCCAAAGCGACUUACAGUCAUGUAUGCAUACAUUUUUACAUAUG